CUUUCUCUAAGCAUUAGAGAGAAAUUUCUCUUUGUUUUUCCAUUUCUUACUCUAAGGCUACCUCCUUGUCUCUUGCUGGCUUGCGGCCUCCUUUACCCCUCAAAGGGCAAGGGAGGCCGCCUCCUCUUCCGCUUGAAAGUGAGUCUUUUCCCUCUCACUUAUGGGAUUGGAUUAUAUAUAUGGUUUUUUAGUUAUUUUCCAGGUCCAACAAUAAUAAUGGUAAGGGAUUUUUCGAAUUGACUUAAGCAGCCUUUUCUGGGUGCUUGUGGUGAUUAUGGAAGAAAUUUGAGUUCGCGCGAGCUCUUUCAUUCUUGCAUGGAAUGGGCAUCACUUUUGUCUGGUGGUGGUUGCCCAUAGGGUGCGAAUUGAAGGAUCAAUCGAGAAGGCAUGAGUGAGACAUCAAAAAGCUCCACCACCGCUGUCCUCUGCUUUUUUUGAUGCCGAUGUGAUGCUUCUAUGGCUUCUUUGAAAGUGUCCGACAACUUAUUGUUGUGGGUUUUGGUACCUAGGAUGGAGUCUUACUCUCUACAAUAGACUUGUGCUGGUGCAUGCAAGUCCUAUUUUCUUGCUUCUCGGUGCUUUCUUCCACCACAAGAGUUGCGCAUGUGACGGUACUGCAAAUCAUUGACUAGCGUAAGUCUUGCCUCUGUCAUCUAGGAUUUCAUCUGUGGGCUUGGACCCUGUAAUUGGCUUGGUUGAAUAGGUCGUUGAUCCUUUGAGCCGAUUUGUUGAGCCUCUUAGGCUUCGUCUUUUGGGCUGACCUUUGAGCCGGCCCUUGCUUUGUGAUGAUAUGGACUUGUACCCAAAAAAAAAAAAAAGAGAGCUCAAUCUCCCACCCCUAGCACCGACCUCUAUCCGCAAGUUACUGGUCACUACGGCUACAGCCGUUACUUCCAGCAUCUUCAUUCUGUUGGUUAUUACCGCCGGCGGCAACAGCACGCCACCGUUGCUUCUCUUCUCCGUCACUCUGUUAAUCUCUCACCGGUUGCCAGACAUCAACCAUCAAGUCUAGCACCAAAAAGCCGGUUAACCGCUUAGUCAGUAAAAUUGGCUCACUAGUUUGGAUCGGCUCAAAUUUUCUUCAUUCAACUUGUAAAGUGCUUUGGCAUGGUGCAUUUCGCCAAUCAUGAUGCUCUACGAUGGGUUUAAAGAAAUACUAAAGAUUCAGAAGUUUCGCAGAAUCGUAUCUUACACUGGGUUUUACUGCUUUGUUGCUGUCUUAAGCUAUGCUUAUACAAGCAACACAACUAGAGCUGGGUAUUCUAGAGCUGAUCAAUUUUACGCAUCUUACCCUACCGGAACUGAACUUUUAACGGAUACAGCUAAGUUAUAUAAAGCUGCACUUGGCAAUUGCUUUGAAUCAGAGGAGUGGGGUCCAAUAGAGUUCUGCAUCAUGGCUAAGCACUUUGAUCGCCAAGGGAAAUCCCCGUAUGCCUAUCAUGCACAAUAUAUGGCACACCUUCUUUCUCAUGGAGAACUCGAUGGAAGUGGCUAGAGUGGAAUGCUACUUGGCUACUAGGUGAACAAGUGUAGAAAAAUAUGAAAAUGAACUCAUGGCAACCUUUGAUGUUCUUUGACGAUAAAAGACCAUUAGUAGAAGCUUCAUUUUGUGGGAUGCAAGGAAUGCCUACAGCAGUUAUGCUUCAUAGUAUUAUGUAGCAUUGUACCUAUUUGGUCUGUUGAACCACUCAAUGCAUUGCCUUCUUCUUUUGAAUCAGGUGGCGUUUUGUUAGCUUCAGUAUUUGUACAACUGUAUUAUCACUGUAACUUAAAUAGAUCGUGAUAUUUUGACCACAGAGUGCACCUUGAUGUUGCAAAGUUCAUAGCAUUAGAACCGCACUCGUGUGCGUCUGGAUGAUAUGUAAUGCCAUACAAAUACUUCUUUAGGAGCUUUGGCCUACUACAUGAAUUAGUGUGAGAACCAUUUAGCAAAA